UAACCGCUUGAGCGCCUCUGCUGGGACCGCCGGCGCCACCAGCGCUGAGAUGGAGCCGUAUAAACCGGAGCCAGAGCUCCAGCGGUUUUACCACCGGUUGCUGCGUCCGCUAUCGCUCUUCCCCCGCAGGGCGACGCGCCCAGAGUCUCAGAAGCCCCUCCCGCAGGAGGUCCCGUUGCUGCUGCCCCUGCCGGUCUCGCGGCUGACGGCGGCGUCGCUGUGCCGCCAGGUGGCCGAACGGCUGGCCAGCAGCGGGCUGGCGGCGCGGCUGCCUCCCGAGGGCCGACUCCGUUUCACCGAGGUCAUCCUGGACGAGCUAAAGUGCAGCUGGCGGGAGCCUCCCCCCGAACCUAGUCUGAGCCACUUGAACAACCAGAGGCUGCGGAAGCGGCUCCAGGUCUACGUGCUGCUCAGCAGCGAGCAGCUCUUCUUACGCUACCUGCACCUGCUGAAGACCAUGUCGACCCCCGCAGCUGUCUUCACGGAAUCCGCCACGCUCACCCGGUUGGCCGCCAGCCUCGCCAGGGACUGCACGGUCUUCCUCACCAGCCCCGAGGUCUACCGUGGCCUGCUCGCCGACUUCCGCGCGCUGCUGAAGGCGGAGCAGGCCCAGGGCGGCGUGCACAGACUGCGUCCCCACCACCCGACCGUGGCUUUCAAGCUCUCCCCAACCUUAUGGCAUCACAGCACCGGCUUCACCCAAGUGCCGUGCUCCGGCCUCAACCUGAACUAUCUCAUCCAACUCAGCCGCCCGCCGGAGUUUCUCAGUGAGCCUGGAUCGGAUCCAGUGAAGGAAUUGAAGUCUAUACCCCAGCUGAAGACGACAAAGCCUGUCCGCUGGCUGACCUCCAUGCAAAAGAGGAGAGAAAGCGACUUCAGUUCCCCACAGUUUGUGAGGUACUCUCAGGCUCCCUCCAGCGAGGCUCCCCCCACCUCCCACUUGCCCUUCUACUCCCAGCCCCGGAGGGGCCAGUCCUUGCCCUCUUUGCGUGAGGGGUGGAAGCUAGCAGAUGAGUUGGGUCUUCCUCUGCUCCCCCCUCGCCCCUUAACCCCGUUGGUCCUGGUUGCAGAGAGCAAACCAGAGCUGGCAGGGGACACGGUGGCUGAGGACCUGAAGCAGAUGACGAAGAACUUGAAAUUGGAGCGGACUCGCUGCUCACCGCUGGACUCAGGCCUGCCCCCACUCCUGGGGGCCCUGACUCGCCGUCCAGCUGCAGCACAUCGCGUGGAAGAGCUGCAGAAAAUGUUGAAGGGCCUCGAGGAGGAAGAAGCCUCUGGGCAGUCGGGCCCCCAGUCCCCUAACUCCCCUCCACUUCACCCACAGCCAGCGACUGUUACUCUGAAGCUAAGAAAUCAGGUCGUGGUCCAGGCAGCUGCUGUCCGGGUCUCUGAGAGAAACUUUUUGGACUCCUUCCACGUUGAGGGGGCAGGAGUCCUAUACAACCACCUGGUUGGUGAACUGGAACCCAAACUUAUCGAGGAAAUGGAUAUUGAUCGCUUCGUUGGCAGUAGCAUCAGGGAAGUCUACAAGGAGUUGAUGAGCCGUGUCUCUACUGACCACUUGUCUUUUAACCGGGGACCGCUGGUUGAGCCUGCAGCCGAUAAAGACUGGUCAACCUUCCUGACCUCAGCCUUUCUACGUCAAGAAAAACAAUAUCGCAUCGUCAACCCGAACCUGGCUGGACUUUAUUCCCAGAGAGCAAACACUUUACAGUCCAACCCUGAUAGGAUGGUCUCGCUCACAUCACUCCAAGCAAGCAAAAGCUUGGAGAGGCAGUCAAACAGGGCCUCGUGGAUGAACUGGUGGAAAACCACCGUGUCUGUGGACGACUACUUCAGGUACCUCGCCAACCAGGAGACAGAUUUCCUCCACGUCAUCUUCCAAAUGUAUGAAGAGGAGGUGCCUGUGGAGAUUGUAGCCCCUGUCAGAGAGUCCCUAAAGAUUCCGCACCCACCUGCCUUGCUAGAAGAUGAAGAGCCAGACUUUGUGCCAGGAGAGUGGGAUUGGGACACGGUGCUGGGGCACAGGCUAGGAACUAAGAGGACCAGCCUCCUGGAAGAACCCCACAAAAUCCUGAGCCUGCAGAAGCGUCUGGAGCGGCUGUGGUCCAUGCUUGAGGUCCCCGACAAGGACCGGCUGGACAUGGCCAUCAAGUACAGCUCCAACGCCCGUCUGAGGCAGCUGCCUUCUUUGGUGAGUGCCUGGGAGCGGGCCCUGCGGCCCAUUCAGUUGCGGGAGGUGUUGCUGGGGAGACUGGAGUGGUUUGAGCGACAAGCCUCUGACCCCAACCGCUUCUUCCAAAAGACUCACCUGGGUCUGAGUAGCUUCCUGGAGGAGAAUCAGGUCCGCAGCUGUCUACACAGGAAGCUCCAUCUAGUGGAGGCUCCUUUGGCUUCCCUCCUGAAGGAGAUUGAGUUAAUCUUCGGCGAGCCAGUGACCUUCAAGGGGCGGCACUACUUGGACAAGAUGAAGCGCGACAAAGUGGAGAUGCUCUACUGGCUGCAGCAGCGACGACGGGUCCGCCACCUGGUCCAGGCCCAGAAGGCCUCCCACCAGUCGGCCGUAUUCAGGAGGUUCAGCGGCCAGCCUUUAAUAGCUCCUGAGAAUACUCCCAAUACGCUUUGAUCAGGCCAAGUGCCCUCAGAUCCCCCCUCACCCCCAAACACCCAGCAGCUCAUCCAGACCUCUUGACUGCUUUGGAAGAAGAAAUAUCUAGGCCUGCACGGUUCAGGAACAUUGUGUUUCUGACUACCGAGGGACUGAGAUGAACACUUUAUUUUGACCAUGAAGCUCUCGUAAAAGAAUCCCCAAGCCCAGUGUUCCCAUUUGUGUCAAGCCAUGCGCAAUACAGCCAAAGUCUCAUAUAUCAAAAGAACUGAGAUCGUCCCUUGGAGUUCAUUGUAACAGGAAAUGUCAGACAGAAGCAAACCAUCACCUUGGGAACACCUCAGCGUUUCUGUCAUGCUACAUUAAAUUGGCUGAUUAGAGCCCCAAAUCAAGAGGCUCUAUGGCAUAAUGAUUAAGAGCUAGGGCUGUGGGGCCCAGCCCCAUGGCCUAGUGGUUAAGUUCAGUGCUUUCCACUUUGGGAGCCCGGGUUCAGUUCCCAGGCACGGACCUAAACACAGAUGUUAGCUCAGGGCAAAUCUUCC